UUUGAGAGGAGAGAGGGAGUCAUUGUCUUCAUAGCACAGAAAACUAAAAGGGAAUGUAGACAACCAAGGAACACAAGACUUCCAGCAAAUAAGGUGACCGCCCUGGAUGUUUGUUUUGUUAAAUGUGGGGACUGGAGUUUGGACCAAAAAGGUGGAAAAAUCAUUUUGAACACUUACCUGCUGUCAUUUAUUAGCAGCCGGAUUGUACAUUACAAAAUGGACGGGUUAACUGCUGUCGUUGUCCGUGGCUUUAAAUUUCCUUUGCCAUGGCCAAGCGCGAGGCUGGAAGUACCAGCCCUGUGGUACGUCAGAUAGACAAGCAGUUUCUGGUCUGCAGCAUCUGCCUGGAUCAUUACCGCAACCCCAAGGUCUUGCCCUGCCUGCACACCUUCUGUGAAAGCUGUCUCCAGACCUACAUUCCCCCUGAGUCUCUGACACUCUCAUGCCCAGUGUGCCGGCAGACAUCUAUCCUGCCAGAGAAAGGAGUUUGUGCCCUGCAGAACAACUUCUUCAUCACUAAUCUUAUGGAGGUCCUUCAACGAGACCCAGAGUGCUCGCGGCCAGAGGCCUGCAGUGUGUUGGAAUCAGUCAGUGCUGCAGCUGCAGGGAAGCCGCUCUGCUGCCCAAACCACGAAGGAAAGGUGAUGGAGUUCUACUGCGAGUCAUGUGAGACAGCCAUGUGUUUGGAGUGCACAGAGGGCGAGCACAGGGAGCACAUGACUGUUCCUCUGCGGGAUGUGGUGGAACAGCACAAGGCUGCGCUGAAGACACAGCUGGAUGCCAUACACAGCAGGCUACCUCAGUUAACAGCGGCCAUUGAGCUGGUGAGUGAGAUCUCUCGACAGCUGAGUGAAAGGAAGAAUGAGGCAGUAGCGGAAAUUACAAGUACAUUUGAAGAGCUGGAACAGGCGCUGCAUCAGCGCAAGACGGCCCUCAUCACAGAUUUGGAGAAUAUCUGCAGUACCAAGCAGAAAGUCCUGCAGGCCCAGCUUUCAGCUCUCCUCCAGGGGAAGGAACAUAUUCAGAGCAGUUGCAGUUUCACAGAGCAAGCUCUCAGCCAUGGUAGUGCUACUGAGGUGCUGCUGGUUCAGAAGCAAAUGAGUGAGCGAGUAAACGCGCUGGCCAGACAUGACUUCCCAGAGAAACCUCAUCAGAAUGCACACCUGGACUGCCAGGUGGAGACCGAGGGCCUGCGGCGCUCCAUCCAGAACCUGGGUGUUCUCCUCACCACAGCAGCUGUGGCUCACACUUCCGUGGCCACAGGAGAGGGCCUCCGCCAUGCAGCAACUGGGCAACACCAAACUAUUACUGUGACAACAAAAGACAAAGAUGGGGAGUUGGUGCGGACAGGAAACGCAGUUUUAAAAGCAGAGAUAACGUCCGCUGAUGGGAGCCGGGCUGCAGAGACGGAGAUAACGGACAAUAAGAAUGGAACAUACGAGGUGGGCUACACGUUACGCUCUGAGGGAGAGUACUCGUUUUCUUUGCUGCUGUACGGACAGCCGGUACGUGGCAGCCCUUUCCGACUGCGAGCAGUUAAGCCGUCAGAUGUUCCGCAAUCUCCAGACGAUGUGAAGCGGAGGGUGAAGUCCCCCAGUGGCACGGGGGGCCACAUACGGCAGAAGGCAGUGCGACGGCCUUCCAGUAUGUACAGCACGACUAAGAAAAAGGAGAACCCCAUUGAAGAUGAGCUCAUCUACAGAGUGGGUUCUCGGGGUAGAGAGAAAGGCGAGUUCACAAAUCUCCAGGGGAUCUCAGCCUCUAGUAAUGGCAGAGUGGUGGUGGCUGACAGCAACAACCAGUGCAUACAGGUUUUCUCCAAUGACGGCCAAUUCAAGAUGCGCUUUGGGGUCAGAGGUCGGUCUCCAGGGCAGCUGCAAAGACCAACGGGUGUCACUGUUGACAUGAACGGUGACAUUGUGGUGGCCGACUAUGACAAUCGGUGGGUCAGCAUCUUCUCUCCUGAUGGGAAGUUUAAGAAUAAGAUCGGUGCAGGACGGCUCAUGGGUCCCAAGGGUGUGGCUGUGGAUAAGAACGGACACAUCAUCACUGUGGACAACAAGGCUUGCUGCGUCUUCAUCUUUCAAUCCAAUGGGAAACUUGUGACCAAGUUUGGAGGCAGAGGGACUUCUGACAGACAGUUUGCAGGUGAGAAGGAGGCAGCCACUGACGGGGAGGAGACAAGCAAACAUCUGUUAUGAAAUUUUGAAUAUUUGGCAAAAUAAUUAAAGUGAGUUAAAAUAUACUGAAAGAAAUAAAAACACACUUCCAUUAUUUAGGAAAACAUUUUUUAUAUUUCUUUAAAGGAAAAUAGCAAAGGUAAAUAUCUGACUGCACAAC